AUGCCGAUGCCCUGCAACCGUGACUUCCCUUCUACCCUCGCCGACAUGCAAAACGUCUACGGUCUCACAGGAAACAAUCCUGGUCCUGUACAUAUCAACCGUACCUCGAACGCACCUUCUCAGUCUUCAUCCACAUCCUCAUCCUUCUCGUUGUCUCGACUGAUGCGGAAGAAACAACGAUCCGGCAAUUCAGACUCGUCCAGCUCGACGCUCUCUAACUCAAGUCGAUCGUCCAUGGAUUCUCAAACGACACUUGCUAGCACUGCCGGCACGAACGUCACGCCGGCUCCGCGAAAUUACGAGGCUGCAUUCGGCGCAUUGUCGUCUUCGUACGGAUUUGGUGCACCGACUCCAACAACUGUAUCUGUCCCUGUGCUUCCGAAGCAUUCUGGGUAUCCGACUGCGCCGGCCAAACCACAAAAGGCUGACAAGGAGCCUCGGCGAGCUGCAAUGGCUGUGUGGAGUUCGAUGCGUUGAAGGGACUAAAAUAAUCUCUGCUUGCCAUUGACAGUAUGGUACAUUUUGCAAUUGCACACCAUUACACAUAUAAUUCUUCAUGCACUACAGACAAUACCCUCAUAU